AUGGCAACCGAGAUUCCGAUUAUGGACAUGUCUCUGUACGGUCUGGAUGUGGUCAGUGAGAAGGAGGUCGAUACAGUGACCAUCCGUUCUCUGGCCGAAUCUCUGUGUGGAGCUCUUAGGGAUGUCGGCUUCUGUUACAUUAAAAACCACGGCUUCAAACAGUCUCUGAUCGAUCGAAUUAUGAGUGUAAAUAGGACAUUCUUUGAAAUGCCAGUUGAGUACAAGUCUACAUAUUUGAGACAAGAAAGCGGAGUCACUUAUGGAUGGGUACCUCGAGAGACAGAAAGCCUGAACUUAACUAAUCUUUCUGACUACAAGGAGGCUUUUAACUAUCCGCCGACGGAAGGGAUUGUGUUGAUCCCAGACCUUAAAGACUACAAGGAAACGAUGGACGAAUUCCGAACAUCCUGUAUUAGACUUGUCAAUAGAAUCCUUGACUUGAUGUCGGUAGGACUGGAAUUAGAGGACAGACAUUUUUUACGAAAGUGUCAUCAAGCCAUUGGUGAAAAAGACAACAAAUCAUCAUUAAGAGCGUUGUAUUAUCCAGAAAUACCAACAAAUAAAGACAUCAAACCGAACCAGGUACGGUGUGGAGAACACACAGACUACGGUUCCCUGACAAUGCUGUUUCAGGACGACGUCGGGGGUCUUGAGGUAUGUAAUCAACAAGGGAAAUAUGUACCAGCUUCUCCGAUUCCUGGCACCAUAUUAAUCAACAUUGGGGACAUGAUGCAGAGAUGGACUUCUGAUACACUUAUCGCUACGAAGCACCGUAUUUUGAUGCCCAACGAUGAAAUGAAGAAAAGAAGAAGUCGGCAGUCGUUCGCGUUCUUUGUCCAACCAGAUGAUGAUGUCAUGAUUAAGUGCCUUGAUAACUCCAAUAAAUAUGAGCCCAUCUCCAGUUUACAGUAUUUACAGGAGAGACUGGCACCAACAUAUUGA